AUGGACUCACUGCCUGCGCCCGAAGUGCCCACUUACACUGAUCGCAUCGGACCGUUGUCUCGGCGUCGUCGAGCACCUCAUGCAGCGCCAUACUUAUCUUACCAUACCCACGAUGCUCCCGCUCGUGAAGCAGGCUCGGACGGCGGUCAAGUUUCUGUUCUUUUCUGGCUCGUUCGCGUUGCGUCUGACGGUCAUCUGGGUGCCUUCGGUCUAAUAACUGCUGACAUGAGCGAUGCAAGCAAUAACACCCUCUACCUUCGACUCAAGCACCCACCACAGGUUCGAGUGCUGAAAUGGCCGGGCGAUGUGCGAUCAAAUGGUUGCUCAAGCGAAGCCUUGGCUGACUGUCAAUAUAUUCGUGUCACUCUACCCAAAAAGAAUGAGGAAGGAAAUGAC